AUGCCCAUCGACGAUUCGUCUUCUUCUUCUGCCGUUCCACGCCAUUCUCAUGAGGAUGAUUUGAAUCCUUACUUUCUUCACAGUGGUGAUCAUUCUGGAGCCAUUCUUGUCUCCCAACCACUGAAUGGAGAUAAUGAUCUCACAUGGAAUCGAUCCAUUCUAUUUGUUUUGUCAUGGUUACUCAACGCUUUGUCAAAGGAAAUUGCUUCUUCUAUCAUCUACAUCGAUUCGGUUGAAGAUAUGUGGAAUGAUUUCAAGGAACGAUUUUCCCAAAGCAAUCAGCCCCGUACUUUUCGGAUCCGAAAAGCUAUUGUCUCCUUGAUCCAAGAAACAUCUUCCGUAAGUUCUUAUUUCACUAGAUUGAAAAGUUUUUGGGAAGAGAUGUUUCAUUUUCGCUCCAUGCCUCCGUGUUCAUGUGGUGUUGUGAAAAAGAUUGUUGAAUAUCAACAAGAGGAUUAUGUUUUGCAGUUCUUAAUGGGACUCAAUGAGUCUUAUGCUCAUUUAUGGAGUCGGAUCUUACUUUCUGAUCUGUUUUCUCUGGUAAACAAAGUUUUUUCUCUUAUUUUUCAAGAGGAAAAACAAUGUGAAAUUGUUUCUGACUCUUUACCUUCCAACGAAGUUGUUGUUAUGUUUAAUAACCGUGAUUCUAGUAGUCAUGAUUCUAUGAAAGGAUCUAUUGGCCCCAAGAACAACAAGCAAUCUGUUACUCGCAAAGAACGCCCUUAUUGUACACACUAUGAUUUAUUGGGUCACACGGUUGAUAAAUGUUACAAAAUCCAUGGUUAUCCACCUAGAUAUAAGGCAAAACCUAGAAACUCCACUACUAAUUAG